AUGGAAAGCCAUCGUGCUAUUAUGUCCAUCAAAUUGCGCAUCUACAUACAAGCCAGGGCCAAUAUCACAGAAGUAGAAGCACCAGAAUUUGCUGAAUCCAUCUCUGAAGGCGAUAUAAGAUGGUUAAAGCAAAAAGGAGAAUUUGUCGAAAAAGAUGAUAUCGUUGCUGAAAUAGAGACUGACAAAACAACAGUAGAAGUUCCAACUCCGCAGUCCGGACAUAUAAUUGACUUACUUGUAGAAGACGGUGGUCGUGUUGUUGCGCACCAAAAAUUGUUUACGUUGGAAUUUGGAAAAGAUGUAUCUACCAAGUCAGAAGAAAAAGUGGCAGAAUCGAGAACGAAGGAAGUACUUUCACAGUCACCAGCACCAAAGCGAGAUCUGACAGAUUUGUCUUCGUCAUCACCAUCAAAGCCUCAUUUGGCAGACGUUUCGCCGCCAUCUUCCAGAUCGAUAGAACAAACAGUCUCAACUCCUCCAGCGUCUGUUCAUCAUUCGUCUUCUGAAUCUUCACCUCCCCAGAAACAGCCAGCUCCGCAAAUGGAAAAAGCACCACCAGUCAAUGAUCCAAGCCUUUUUACUGGUACAAGAAGUGAGACUCGAGUCAAGAUGAAUCGGAUGCGCAUCCGAAUAGCUACACGAUUAAAAGAUGCUCAAAAUACUUACGCUAUGCUUACCACUUUCAAUGAGGUUGAUAUGAGCAAUGUGUUAGAAAUGCGUAAACGAUAUCAGAAGGAAUUUAUGGAUAAGUAUGGCGUGAAAAUUGGUUUAAUGUCUCCGUUUAUUCGGUCAGCUGUGUAUGCGUUGAAGGAAUUUCCCACAGUUAAUGCUGUUAUCGAUGAUGACACAAUACUAUAUCGGCAUUAUAUCGACAUAUCAGUUGCGGUUGCCACACCAAAAGGUCUUGUGGUACCUGUGUUACGUAAUGUUGAAAUGAUGGAUUAUGCAGUUAUUGAAAAAACACUGAACGAGUUUGCUGUCAAAGCUCGAAAUGGCAAACUUGCGAUUGAAGAUAUGGAAGGUGGAACAUUCACGAUUAGCAAUGGUGGUGUAUUUGGUUCGGUCUUUGGGACACCAAUUAUUAACCCUCCACAGUCGGCAAUUCUUGGCAUGCAUGGUAUUUUCGAUCGACCUGUAGCAGUGGAAGGAAAAGUUGAAAUACGACCAAUGAUGACUGUAGCAUUGACAUACGAUCAUCGAUUAAUUGAUGGUCGAGAGGCAGUCAUGUUCUUACGAAAAAUCAAAACAUCAAUUGAGGAUCCAAGAACUAUUUUACUAAAUUUGUAG